AUGGGCGUCGAUGAUCUGCUUGUUGGCUUCGCUGCAGGGGUCGGUUUCUCCAACGAUGGUUGGUUUACACAGAAAACAGAGGAAUCCCACGUCUCCAACGUUAUCGAUCUGUUGCUCAACUUAGCAUACUUUGUAUACUUAGGCACAAUCAUCCCGUGGGAACAAUACAACAAUGCUGCUCUGGGCCUCACCCCAUGGAGGCUAGUUGUCAUUGCCAUAUUCGUCAUCUUCUUCCGCCGGAUUCCGAUCAUGAUGGCUUUGAAGCCACUGAUACCUGAUGUCAAGACUUGGCGAGAGGCUCUUUUCGCCGGUCAUUUUGGGCCAAUUGGCGUCGGAGCAAUUUUCGUUGCCAUUCUAGCUAGAGCUGAAUUGGAAACCGAGACAACUACCCCUCUGGCAGAGUAUCCGGAUCCUAGUGCCAAGAAUUAUACUCUCGUUGCCCUCAUCUGGCCGAUCACUACGUUCUUAGUCAUCACUUCGAUCAUCGUGCAUGGUUCUUCUAUUGCUGUAUUCACUCUUGGCAAGCACAUCAAUACGUUAACCUUGACAAUGUCUUACACAGCUGCCGGACCAGACGGGCCCACGUGGAUGAACCGCCUACCACGGAUCUCGUCUACUUCAAGAUCACAAGCCAAGUCCUUCGGGUCUGAGACAGAAGCCGAGGAGAUCAAGAUGAAUGACAUACCCCCUGGAACUCUCCCUCCCGGAACCCUUCCUCCAAUUGGCAUACCCGGCAGUUUCCUACGCCGGCAAAAGGAAGAAGACAAUCCUAGCCGGGCUGGUAGUCGCACUUCGUCGAUUAUUCCACGCCGCAGAAAGAAGAAGUGGGAUGAUGGUCGUGGACCUGGAGGGCCGAUAAGCGAGUCAGCAAUUUAUCCUCAGCACCGGAGCCAGAAUGAACCUUUGAGUGACCAGACCAAAGACGAGCAGACAUCAGAUACUUUAACACCUAGCGAAGGAUCGCCCCAUAAUGAGAAGGUUGACACGCAGAUACAAAGCGAGGCUGAGCUUAGAGAUGCGGAACACGAUCCGGAAGUCACCCACCAGCACUCUGAAGGCGAGAGGAAAGCCUUCCGUAAAUCGGAUGCUAAUAUCUCUCCUACCCGCCGAGAAGCCUUUCAGGAAGGCGACGAUAUUAUCAUCGAGGAUGCGGACGGUAAUGUACUGUCCGUGCAGAAGGUUUCAGACGCACUUCAAAAGGGAGAGUCUAUCAAGAGAUCAGAACAUGCCGCGAAGGAAGAUUCUGGGCUUCCUACGCAAGGGUACAAGAAUUUGAGGAAGAAGCUGGGUGUCUGGGCACGACGGGAUGAGGGGAACGCCGAAGGGUCCAGUCAGCCCAAGAGCGCGAAGCAGCCUCAUAAAAAGCAUGGUCCCGCUUUGGCGUAUCAGUUUGGAAAUACGAUUAUUGUCGAAGAUGAAGAUGGGGAAGUGGUUAAGAAAUAUGACCUCCCAAGCUCAAAGCAACCGAAAGAAGGCGAAUCGAGUAAGGCAUGGCAGGGAGUUAAUCGUAUGGGAGCUUGGACUGGAUUUGGGACCAAAAAACCCGAUUCAACUGCCGAAACCGGCAAGGAUGGAGCGCCCCCUCCUACAUCAGCUGUUCGCCAAGGACUUAAUCGCAUGGGGACUUGGGGUGCGAAGAGACCAGAGGUGGAUGAUGAAGACGAUGACAGACAUAUUCGUUUCAAGAUUGGUGGUGCUGGACGUCGCUUGACAAAAGAAGAUUUCUUGAACGAGAUCAGAAGCUUGGACCCGAAAGCUCGGGCUGAGAUCGUCAGGGAGAGCGAUGCACCCGCCCCAAUGAAAGAGCGGGCCGAUAAAGAUGCAGAUGAGGAUUCCCCUGGUAGCAGUAGACUGUUCAUGGCGGGUGGGUCGUCGAGCGCCUCCAAGGCGCGAGCAGCGGAACCUCUUCGUCCAGAGGCGGUAAGGCGAAGGCCAGGUUUGGAUGAGGAGAGCGACGACGACGACCGAUCACCCACUAAUCGAAGGCCGAUAAGGACAGGAGAAGCAACGUCCUCUAGCUCAUCGCCAUCAUCCUCUUUAGACGACGUCCCAGAGUCGGCAGCCGAGCGUAGAAGACGACAAGAGGCCCUUAAAGGUGUGGAUGAGGUGACACCUACGCAGCGUGGGCGAUCGGAGAAAAGAUCAGAAUAUGCCCCAGAAAUUCAAGAGUCAGCAGCCGAAAAGCGAAGAAGAGAAGCCGCGCUAGGCAUGGGAGAUAACGAGGAUGAUAGUGAUGACGAUGAUACGCCCCGCGUGCCACCUCCCGUUGCGAAGUCUAGGGGUAUUAGAUUUGCGCAGAGUCCUGUUAGGGCGAAAAAGUAA